AUGCAAGAACAAUAGGAGUAGCGAAAAUCCACAGAUCUCAUCUGCUUCUGGUCGUUUAGUUUAUUAUAAGGAUUUUUCUUCUGUGUUUCCAUAUAUGCAUUAUUGAAUGGAAAUCCAAAUAAGCUUGGGUUACCUUUUGAUCCUGAUCGUAAGCAAUUUUAUUCAAAUUUUUAUAUAGAUUCUUCUUGUGGUUUUGAUUUAGAAUAAUACAAAUAUGUAUACUUUACUACACCUUCUAACAAUUUCUUGUAUAGGACUGUGUGUUUGAGCGAAUGUCCAAACAAAUAAUACAUAAGUAGCAGUAGUAGUAAUCAAUUUAGCUAAACUGCAAUGCUCUCCAAAUUCUAUAGUAAAAUCAUGUCAAAUAAAUCCAAGUGUAACCAAUAUUAGUGAAUCUAUUCUGGCUUAUCCUUCAGAAGCAUGUAAUUUAUUUUAUCAUUUAGACAAUAGCUAAAUAUGCUUACCAAAAAAUCCAGAUUACUUAAAUGAAAUAAAAGAAUAUAUUGUACCUAGUGUUAAUCAACGACUUGGUUCAGGUUUGAGAGAUUUGAAAUGGAUAAUAUUAGGAAUUUCUUUGAUAUCAGUUAUUAUUAGGUAAUAUUUGUGUUGACUAAACUAGUGUAAUAGUUUUAUUAUUCAUUGAAAAAUAUGGCACACGCAUCUUUUGGGGUUAUUUUGCGAUUAUUGUAUUGAGUUUAUUCUCUUUAUGCUUUUUGAGUGCCUAGCAAUACUAUUAAUCAUAAGAAUAAUUAGUAUUAGAUCAAUAGCUUGAGACAAAUAAAAUAUUAUCAUUUGCUAAUUCCCUCGAGAUAUCUUAAAAAUUAUACUAAAUAGUUAUAAUAAUUUCUAUAAUCGCUGUCAUCUUAAGUAUUGUCUAUGCAAUAUAUCUAAAAUCAUAAACAAUUUUAUUGAAUUCAUUCAUCAAAGUAGGUGGGGAUUUUAUUAAAUCAAAUAUAACAUGUAUCAUUGCUCCUUUUUUAGGAGCAGUUAUAAUCAUGUUAUAUUCAUUUGUUUGGAUUGAAUAGUAAUUGUAUUUAUUGUCAAAUCUGAAAUUUCAGGAUAACAAAUAUCCAUAUUUUUAGUUGAAUUUGACAUCAGAAGACUAAGCAUUGAUUGUUAUAAAUUUUCUCAUCUACAUUUGGACUCUUGUAUUUAUUAUAGGUUUGAUCGAAUAUUUAACAAGUGGGAUGGUCUGUGAAUGGUACUACUAACAAGGAAAUAGAGUAAAUUUUGAGAAGAAAAAUGUUUUAUCAAAUUUAAUUAAAUACCACAUAGGAUCAGUUGCUCUUGGAUCGAUGUUAAUUACAACUUUUAAAUUCAUUAAAUAGAUAUUAAAUACUACAAAAUUGUGUUAGGGAUUUUAAAAUCGAAUACUUUUGGCUAUAUCAAAACACAAUUACGUGAUUAUGAAUAUUUAGCCUAAUCAUUUUUUAGAUUGCGGCAUAAUAGUUAGAGAAUUAAUUAUAAAGGAGAUUGACACAUAUAAUAAGAUAGGAGAGUUAGGUUAGACAUUCUUGGAAAUAUCACGUUUGAGUAUGGCAUUGUGUUGUCAAUCAAUAUGUAUGUUGAUCAUCCAAGAUCACCCAUAUUCAAUUAUUCUAUCUUUAUAUUGCUUUGUGAUUGCAUAUAGCAUUACAAGCUUAUUUAUCUCUGUAUAUGGGUAAUCGUCUGAAGCUAUUUACAUGCUUUAUUUAUACAGUCAAAAACAUUUGAGUCAGGAAGAUAACCCUUAAUGUACGAUUGUAAGAUCAUUAUAAUAUAAUUUUAGACUUUAUAAUUAGUGUUUAAUUAGUUAAAUGACAAUAUUAAUCAAAUGUAAUGA